AGGCUGCGAGUGUGGAAACGGCCAUGAACGGCCUUGCGUGCCGCUGCGUUGCGGCGCUCUUCGUGGUGCUCGUCCCCGCGAUCGAUGCCAGCCCCGAAAAGAUACCGCUGGGUGCGAUUUUCGAGCAAGGCACGGACGAGGUGCAAACUGCGUUCAAAUUCGCCAUGCUCAACCACAAUCAGAAUGCGACCGGAAGACGCAUCGAGCUGCAGGCGUACGUGGACGUCAUCAAUACAGCGGAUGCAUUCAAACUGUCACGACUUAUCUGUAACCAAUUCUCGAGAGGGGUCUACAGUAUGCUCGGGGCAGUAUCACCGGAUUCCUUCGAUACGCUGCACUCGUACAGCAAUACCUUUCAAAUGCCCUUUGUGACGCCAUGGUUUCCGGAAAAGGUGCUCGCGCCUUCGUCGGGCUUUAUCGACUAUGCCAUUUCAAUGCGGCCGGAAUAUCAUCAGGCCAUCAUCGACACGGUCAAGUACUACGGAUGGAAUAAAAUCAUUUAUCUCUAUGACUCGCAUGAUGGUUUACUACGUCUGCAGCAAAUCUACCAGGGCUUAAGUCCGACCGGGGAAAGUUUUCAAGUGUCGACGGUGCGCCGCAUCACCAACGUCAGCGAGGCAUUGAUGUUUCUAAGAGGACUUGAGGAACAAUCACGCUGGGAGCAUAAAUACGUUGUGUUGGAUUGUUCGGCGGAUAUGGCGAAAGAAAUCGUUGUUGGGCAUGUACGGGACGUCGCGUUGGGCAAACGAACUUAUCAUUAUCUACUCUCGGGAUUGGUUAUGGACGACCGAUGGGAAACGGAAGUGAUUGAAUAUGGCGCUGUAAACAUCACAGGUUUCCGUAUAGUGGACGGCACGCGUAAACAUGUGAAAGAGUUCCUUGAAGGAUGGAAACGCUUGGACCCAGCCGCCCAGGCUGGUGCUGGUAAAGAGAGUGUCAGUGCACAAGCAGCACUCAUGUACGACGCCGUCUUCGUGCUCGUCGAGGCGUUCAACAAGCUGCUGCGAAAGAAGCCGGACGUGUUCAGGAACAAUGUGAGGCGGGUUGCUGGUGUUGCUGGGUCCACCGCCGUGUCUAAUGCUACAACUGCAGCCAAGGCAUUGGAUUGCAACACCUCCGGUGGAUGGGUCACGCCGUGGGAGCACGGUGAUAAGAUAUCUCGUCUGCUCAGGAAGGUUGAAUUGGAAGGCAUCACUGGUGAAGUUCGUUUCUCCGAAGAUGGCCGCCGUCAGAAUUACACCCUGCACGUUGUGGAGAUGACUGUGAACAGCGCCAUGGUGAAAGUUGCUGAGUGGAGUGAUGAAACUGGUUUUGCUCCGGUUGCUGCUAAGUAUACUCGACUUAAGCCUACUGCGCAUAUUGAGCGUAACAGGACUUAUAUCGUCACUACUAUUGUGGAGGAGCCCUACAUCAUGCUCCGCACGCCCGAAGCAGGUGAGAUCCUCAACGGCAACGAUCGCUUCGAGGGAUACUGCAAGGAUCUCGCCGAGCUCAUCGCCAAAAAACUAGGCAUCAACUAUCAAAUUCGUGUUGUAAAAGAUGGUCAAUACGGGUCCGAGAACGCCGAAGUCAAAGGUGGAUGGGACGGCAUGGUUGGCGAGUUGGUCCGUCAAGAAGCAGAUAUGGCAAUUGCACCAAUGACGAUUACCUCCGAACGUGAACGCGUCAUUGACUUCAGUAAACCCUUCAUGUCCCUGGGCAUAUCCAUCAUGAUAAAAAAACCGAUCAAACAAAAACCAGGAGUUUUCAGUUUCCUGAACCCACUCUCACGUGAAAUCUGGGUGUGCGUUAUAUUCAGCUACAUCGGCGUUAGUAUUGUCCUCUUUACGGUGUCGCGCUUCUCACCCUACGAAUGGCGUCUUCUACACAUGAGCGGCGAGCAUAGAGAUCCAUCCGGACAACAUGGCCACCACGGAAAUUCACUUGCGAAUGAUUUCAGCAUGUUGAAUUCAGCCUGGUUUGCAUUGGGAGCUUUCAUGCAACAAGGCUGUGACAUUUCUCCAAGAUCUAUAUCAGGAAGAAUUGUUGGUUCUGUUUGGUGGUUCUUUACACUGAUACUCAUCUCAUCGUACACUGCCAACCUUGCGGCAUUCCUGACAGUUGAACGAAUGGUAGCGCCGAUCAACUCACCGGAGGACCUCGCCUCGCAAACGGAAGUACAAUACGGCACGUUGUACCACGGUGCCACGUGGGACUUUUUCCGCCGCUCCCAGAUCACGCUCUACUCAAAGAUGUGGGAAUACAUGCACUCGCGCAAGCACGUCUUUGUCAAGUCCUAUGAUGAAGGUAUCCGACGUGUGCGCACCUCCAAAGGCAAGUAUGCUUUGCUCAUCGAGUCACCCAAGAACGACUACAUCAACGAGCGUGAGCCAUGCGACACGAUGAAAGUCGGACGCAACUUGGACGCGAAGGGAUUCGGCGUGGCCACGCCUCUUGGUUCACCACUAAGAGACGCUGUAAACUUGGCAGUGCUCAGUCUGAAGGAAAACGGCGAAUUGACGAAGCUGAUGAAUCGAUGGUGGUACGAUCGCACCGAAUGUAAACACGACAAGCAGGACGCGUCGAGGAACGAACUGUCGCUGAGCAACGUCGCUGGGAUCUUCUACAUUCUCAUCGGAGGGUUGCUGAUUGCGCUUGCGGUCGCCCUCAUCGAAUUCUGCUACAAGUCGCACACGGAGGCCACGCGCGCCAAGAUACCGCUCAGCGAUGCGAUGAAGGCCAAGGCGCGGUUGACCAUUGGCGUUGGACGCGACAUCGACAACGGCAGGUAUUACACGCCUGCGAAUCAAAUCGCCGGCGCCAAUGAGCAGGAACAACCGCACAGCAAUACGCAUACUCAAGUGUGAAUAAAACCGCCGCCCCUGCCGCCCAUAACAACAACAAGAACAGAAGCCAAACCAUCAAUAAUGUCACCAGAGGGUUAAAAUUAAAAUACUAUACAUAACCUAACCUAAGAUACAAUUUAAAAUCAAAAACCAGCGCUAUUUUGAGCGUAUAACAACAAUAAUUAACAACAACCUGUGUAAAGAGUUGCAUAUCUCUAUGCAACCCUUCUAGCAGCGAGCGAGCAAGAGCAUAUCUUUUUAAUUAAAUGUAAAACGUUUUUACCUAUUGUAGUGAUUAUUAUACAUUAUUAUACGCGACACACUCAUAAUAAAUACAAGGAAACCAAACAUAAAUGUAAGGCAAUGAAGUAAAAUCAAAAACACAAAAAUUCACACAUACACAGACAGACAUAAAGAUUGAAUUGAAUAAUCAAGACAUUUUUGUCAUGUUAGGAAUGUGGCCACAAUUAAAAUAUAACUUGUUUGUUGUAUAUAAAAA